UCCACCUUUGGCUGGGAGUACCAUGUAGUGGCUGCAGUUUGCUCUUACAUUUUCUUACAAAGAUGCAGGGAAUUUUCUGUUGUGGUUUCUUGUCCCUUGGGGAACUCCUGCGUUUCCUAGGCCAUAAUAUCGUUCUAAUGCCUGUCCUCUACUUCUCAUGCAAAAUUCUACAAAGUUUCCCUUGGUUGAAUCGGAGUUGCGCCUGGCUCUGGAGAUGUUGCAGGCAUACCUUGGUGGUCUUCUUUGAAAUGUCAGCAUGGGUUUGGUCCACCCUGGAAUGGGUACAUCGGGGAAUCAAAGACAGGCAGCAGCAGAACAAAGAAUCAAGAGAUGCCAAGCAGUGGCGGCCCCCCUGCCUACAAGCUGAUGUCGUCCCCCAGAGAACACCCAGGGACCGCAUUCGCCAACUGCUCUGCGAUGACAUGGCCUGCACAGUGUGUGACCGUGUGGCUCAGGAGGCCCUGCUCUACUCCGAGGGAGCAGACGGCAGGCACCACCAUGACUCCAUUGUGCGGAGUGCCAGCGAGCCAGCCUCCGACUCUGCCCACAUCCGUCUUGCCCCAGGGAGACCAGCCCUACCCAAGUCACACCCUUUUGCUGACUUCCCAGCAGAGGGAAAAGAGGAAACAGCCCAUGUUGCCCAGCCCCCUGGCCAUGACUGGAAACCCAAAGGAGGUGAAGAGGGCUUUGUGCUGCCUCUGAUCCAGCACGUCAUGAAGAGAAUGCCUUCCAUCAUGAGGCCAAGCUCCUCCAAGAAGUUUGGCUUCUCGUCAGGGAAGCCUUGCCAAGAGCUGAGCUGGGACAGGAAGCGGCAGAUGCUGCAAAGACACUUGGCCAAGAAAGCCCUUGAGUUCCCUCUGGGCGCAACUCCUUAUCGACUUCCACAGUCCCGGGACGCCGCCUACCAAGCUGGGAGGUGUGUCCUCCCCAAAGUCAUUCCACCUCGGUCUAAUCCCCGAAAGCUACGGUCCCAGGAGCUCCUCUUUGUGGAUCAGGCAACACUCCACCACAUCCAACUCAACAUCAUCCACAAACACCUGGCCUACAGGUGGGGCCUGCCUACGAUAUACUCCAGGUCCCUUGCUCGGCUCUUCCAGUUGGGUGCUGCACCCCAUGUUCGCACUGCCUUCCUGCCCAAAAGAUCCACCAGAUCCAGCAGGUUCAGAUUCACGGCCAGACAAACCCCGUUCCUUGGUCAGAGAACCCGAGAGGCCAUGGAGUGGCACGUGAGGAGGAAGGGAGUGCAACACACCUGGGGGCUCCCACGCCUCAUCCAGAGAUCCAUCCAGUCCCUUAUGACAACCGUCCCUCAGAUCCAGCAGAAGGCAAGGCACAGGGAGGUGGUGGCUGUUUCCUCAGCAGAGCUCGCUUUCCUCAGCAAGGCCACCAAACGUGAGCUGGAGAGGAAUGUGCAGAAGAGAGUCCUCCACCAGCGGUGGCUGCUGCCUAGGAGGGUCCUGGAGUCCUUACGGCUGCUCUACCCCACAUAUGAGCUUGGCGGUAUGAUGGGCCCAGAGGGGGGCCGGGCUGGUGCCACAAGGAAGGAGCAGGGUCGCAAGAAGGCCAGAAGGAUGGUUGCCGCCACAGCCCCGCAUCGAGCUCAGCUACUCCCUCCUGCACAGAGUGAGGCUUGCAGGAAUCUGCAGCUCCAUCUGGCUAAGAAAUGCUUAGAGGUGCAUCUGGAAUCUCUCCCUGCUGCCAUUCGAGUGUCCCGGAGAUGCACAUUCCCGAGUUUGAAAAGGCCUUUCCCCAAGAUGAUCCGUCCUGGCCACAAGCCGUUGCUGCCCCGCAGAUCCUUACUGCCCUGUGUGUGCCGAGAGGAGAUGAGCAGGAUUGACAUGGCCGUGCGAUGCAACCACUUGACCUCCCUGUGGGAGCUGGGCACCCGCUACGUGGAGGCACUCCGAGGAAUGAUGCCCGGGCGGCCAUCCCAUCCCCCCAGACGGGGAGGGGCCGGCGUCGAGUUCUCAGGAGUUCAGGCACCUGUCCCUCAGGCAGCGGAUAGAGAAGCUUUAGAGCUUCACGUCAAGAGAAAGAGGUUCCAGCAUGAGUGGGGCUUCCCAGGACUUGUCCAAAGAUCACUCAAGGGCUUCAUAAACAGGCCACCUUCACUGCUCUCCACCACUAAGGCAAGCAUCUACAUCCAUGUUCUGGUGCUGGAGCUAGUGUUCCUUCCCAGGAACAUCUGCAGCCGCCUGGAGUUCCAUUUGCAGAAGAUGAAGCUUCACCAUCUUUGGGGGCUGCCUCGAAGGGUUCUUGAGUCACUGGGGCUGCUACAUCCGGUAUUUAAGGCCGGAGCCCCCAGGCAAAAACCCCCAGCAGGGUUUCCUUUUGAACAGGGGGAUGAAACAUUUUCAAGCAGCAAAGCUGUCCGUGUGACUCUCCCCGUAUCCCUGGUUAUGGGUGCCUUGUGCACUGCCUGUUACAAGAGGAGAGCGGCGGCUACCACCCCACAUCUACUCCAGGGGUUCCCCACAGAAAGGACAGAGAACCUGGAGAAGAUUCAACUCCACUUGGCUAAGAAAUGCAUGGAGGUGCAGUUAGAGGCUUUCCCAGCUCUUGCUUCACACUCCUGGAGGGGCACGGUAUCCCAGUCCCAGCCGCUUCUCCCCAAGUGGCUCCCCCCUGGCCACAAGCCAUUGCAGCCCCGGAAAGGUUUCCUGCCCUUUGUGCCCAAAGUGGACGCAGAGCGGAUGGAAGUGUCUGUGCACCUUCGCCACUUGGCCUCCCUCUGGGGGCUGGGCACGCGCUACACAGAGGCCCUGCGUGCAGUCAUGCCCGGGCCCCUCUCCCAGCCUCUCAGACGCCAACGGGCAGCUCUCAAGUCCCCCCAGGUGAAGGCCCAGCUUCUCCAGGGACAGGUCGGCGGCCUCAUGGAGCUGCACAUGAGGAAGAAGAGGCUGCAGCACGAGUGGGGGGUCCCAGCCCUGGUCCAGCGCUCUCUCCGAGCCUUCAUGCCCGGUUCCUCCCUGGGCCCUGGCUUCCACAAGACCACGCUGCAUGUCCGGGCCCUUCAGGGAAAGCUCCCAUUCCUUCCACAGGGCACCUGCAGCCACCUGGAGUUCCACAUUCAGAGGCUGAAGCUGCAGCGGCAGUGGGGGCUGCCCAGGAGGGUCCUAGAGUCCCUGAGGCUGCUGUUCCCAGAAACUGCUCCCCGCGAAGGGAAGGACCGCGUGGUGCUGAGAGGUUUUCCUAGUGGGUCCAGCCAUGGGGCUUGCCCCCUGUGUAGGCCUGUGGGCCCCAGAGGUACUGUGUGGGACAGAAAGAAGCGACCAAGGAUGCCCAAUGCAGCCCCACCGCAGCCUUCACUGUGUCUCAGCUCAAGAACCGAGGUCCUGGAGAAGCUGCACCUGCACGUGUCUAAGAAGCACUUGGAGGUGCAUCUGGAAGCGUUUCCGCCUGUCCCCAGGGGCUCCUGGAGGCGGGCUUCGUUGUCACUGAGCCAGACUCUCCCCAAGCUGAUCCACCCGGGCCUCAGGCCACCGCAGCCCCGUAGCUCCCCCUUCUCGUCCAGCAGAGAGCAAAUGGAUAGGAUCGAAUUGGCCUUGCGGCGGAGCCACUUGGCCUCUCUGUGGGGGCUGGCGUCGCGCUACACAGAGGCUCUUGCUGGGAUGGUGCCCAGGCUGCCCUUCCCGUCAGCCAGGCUCCGAGGGGCCGCCUGCGAGUUUUCGGAAGCACAGACGCGGUUCUUCCAGCAGUGGGCCCGAGAGGCCUUAGAGUUCCAUGUCAGGAAGAAAAGGAUCCAGCGCAGCUGGGGGAUUCCCUCCCUCGCACAGAGGUCACUCCAGGGCUUCAUGCAGGAAGCCGCCAUGCUGCCCAGUCUUACCAGGAGGGUGAUUGGCAUCUCUGUGGCCUGUGAGGAGCUGGCAUUCCUGCCCUGGGACAUUUGCAGCCAUCUGGAACACCACGUGCAGAGGCAGAAGCUGCAGCGGAGGUGGGGGCUGCCGGGGAGAGUCCUCGAGUCUUUGAGGCGCUUCCUCCCCCCUGCGUCUUUGGGAAGGGCUCCGUUUCCUCAGAGCGACAAGGGAGAAGCAUCCACAGAGGCAGAGUCUGAUGCAGGAGAAGCUGAAAUGGCAGACAUGAGAUCGAUGGAGACCAGCACUAGUGCCCCAAAGACACAGCGUGCCUUGGAGUACCACCUCGACAGAAAAUAUAUUGAGAUAUGCCUGAAGCUGCACCCUGACCUUUCGAGUCAGUCCCGGAGAGCAGCACGCCGUCGGGAACCCCUCCCCGCUCCUUCCCAUCCGCCACAGGGAAUGUCUGUCCCCCCUGAUCCGGUUAUGCCCGGCCACCGCCAGCUGAAGCCAGCAAGAGUGCUCCUCACACGGGAGACCUGGGAUCUCCUCGAAUUCCAUAUCCAGCGCAAAAGGCUCCAGCACGAGUGGGGGUUGCCCUCUGCAGUACGGAGAUCCCUACGUGCCUUUGCCCCGUUUCCCCCUGAGCCAGAGAGGAGAGUGAAGGCCGGUGCGGUAGCACUUGCCAGAGCUGGGAGACCACCAGGGCACAGGAGACAAGCGGGUGUCCAGAAUGCGCCACAGUCUAUGAUCAAUGUGAUCAUCCCUUCCUGGGUCCUGCAAUUUCUGAGCACAGAUCUGAAGAAUUGCCUGGAAGCUCAUGUGAGGAGUUGGGCCACAGAGCACAGGUGGGGGCUUCCCCGAAUGAUUCAGAAUUCCCUACGGGCAUUUGCUCCUCCUCAGCUUGAGUUCCAUUCUGGAGAAAGGAAGCAAAGAGUCCAGUCCCCGGCACAUCCCUGUAAAUCUCACAAGAGGCAGAAUGAAACCCAUCCCCAUUCAGAGGCAGAGGAGUCACUGCAGCGACUUAGAAAGGGAGCCAUAGAAAAGCUGAAGCUGAAGCCAUCUUUCUUCACAGAGGAGGUUUGGAAUCGGCUAGAAUUCCACAUCCAGCACAAGAGAAUCCAGCAUGCAUGGGGACAGCCAGCCAUGGUGCUGAAAUCCGUGGGUGCCUUUGCUCCAUUCCCUCAUAAACCAGAGAAGCGCACACAACAGGCAGGACAGAGCAAACCCAGGACAAGCCCAUGGGAAAGGACAGACGUGCACCCUGUCCUCCAGAAUCUCUCAUUCAUCCGCUCAGACACAAAGGAGCGCCUGGAGGCCCACAUGAGAACUGUGACCACAAGGCACAGGUGGGAGCUUCCAAAGCGGGUUCAAGGACCACUGAGGAGGUUCCUGACUCCCAGACCCCAUUCCCAACCUGAACUGGAUCAGAAGCAGCCCAGAUCUUUCCAGCGGGCUGAGGCUGGUUCCCAGACACAACGGAGGUUCAGGACAACUCCUUUCGUAGGGCCAGAGGUGAAGCUGCAUUUCCUCAAAGGUGAGGCCUGGAAGCGUCUUGAAUUCCAUGUCCAACGCAAGAAGCUCCAGCACAUGUGGGGCCUGCCAUCCAUGGUGCUGAAGUCCCUGAAGACCUUUGCCCCAUUGCUGCUUGAGCAAGAGGAGCACACACCACUCAGAGGAGAAAGCACACCCAAGACACGCCCUUGGGAGACAGCAGAAGUGCGACCCGUGGUCCAAUAUCCCUCAUUCCUGAGCUCAGACACAAAGGAGCGCCUGGAGGCCCACAUGAGAACGGUGACCACAAAGCACAGGUGGGAGCUUCCAAAACGGGUUCAGGAAUCACUGAGGGCACUUCUGCCUCCCAGACCCCAUUCCCAACCUGAACCUGAUCAGAAACGGACCAAAUCCUUCCAGGUGGCUGAGGCUGAUUCCAAGGCACCAGUGACUUUUAAAGGAACUGCUUUCUCAGAGCCUGAAGUGAACCUGUGUGUCUUCAGAGAUGAGGUUUGGGAUCAUCUUGAACUCCACGUCCAACGCAAGAAGCUCCAGCACAUGUGGGGCCUGCCAUCCAUGGUGCUGAAAUCCCUGAAGGCCUUUGCCCCAUUUCCACUUGAGCAAGAGAAGCACACACAAGGUGCAGGAAAGAGGGCAACUGAGACACGCACGUGUUUGCAGGCAGAAGUGCAACCCACUGUCCAGAAUCUCUCCUUCCUCGGCUUGGACACGAAGGAACGCCUGGAAGCUCACAUGAGAACUCUGACCACAAAACACCGAUGGGAACUUCCCAAGCGAGUUCGGGAAUCACUGAGGGUGUUCCUGCCUCCUAGACCCCAUCCUGAAUUGGAUCAGAAACAGCCCCAAUCCUUCAGGGCAGCUGAAGCUGAUCCCCACAGCUUCAAAGGAACUGCUUUCUCAGGGCUGGAGGUGAAACUGCAUUUCCUCAAAGAUGAGGCCUAUGAUCAUCUUGAAUUCCACGUCCAGCGCAAGAAACUCCAGCACAUGUGGGGCCUGCCGUCCAUGGUGCUGAAGUCCCUGAAGGUCUUUGCCCCAUUUCCACUUGAACCAGAGAAGCACGCACAAGGUGCAGGUGAGCAUGCUACCAAGACAUGCAAGUGGUCUGGGACAGAGUUGCAACCCCUUGUCCAGCAUCUCUCUUUCCUGAGCUCGGACACCAAGGAACGCCUGGAGGCCCACCUGAAAACUAUGACCACAAAGCACAAGUGGGGGCUCCCAAAACGGGUUCAAGAAUCGUUGAAGGCGCUUCUGCCGCCCAGACCCGCUUCCUGGACUGAACUAGGACAGCUGCAGCCCAAAUCCUUCCAGGUGGCCAAGGCUGACUCCCAGACACAGGUGAAUUUCAAAGUAACCACUUUCUUAUGGCCUGAAGUAAAUCUCCAUUUCCUCAAAGAUGAGGCCUAUGAUCGCCUUGAAUUCCACAUCCAGCACAAGAAACUCCAGCACAUGUGGGGCCUGCCGUCCAUGGUGUUAAAGUCCCUGGGUGCCUUUGCACCAUUUCCUCGUAAGGCCGGGAAACACACACAGCACACAGGAGAGAGCACAUCCAAGACAUGCCCAUGGGGGAGGACAGAGGUGCAAGCCAUGGUCCAAAGUCUUUCCUUCCUGAGCACAGACACAAAGGAGCGCCUGGAGGCCCACAUGAGGACGAUGACCACAAGGCACAGGUGGGAGCUCCCCAAGCGGGUUCAGGAAUCCCUGCGGGCACUUCUGCCUCCCAGACCCCUUUCCCUUCCUGGAGGCAUCCAGGCUGAGGAACAGUCUUCAGCGUAUUGCUGUGAUAUGGCCCUCCAAGUACCUGAUGCUGAAUUUCAGCUGGGAACAGAAAAGGAAUCCAGUUCCAGCUCUGAGGAUACACACAUAUACUGCUCAGAGCUGUAUUAUGAAGAGGGGCAAGAUGGGGGAAGAGCUGCUUGGACACCUACUGGAGAGCCAGGCCUCUGCCUUGGUGCAAAACCCCAGCAUUUCACAGCCACCCCAAGGACACGUGGCCCCUGGAAGGCUGGGAGAGAAGGACCCAAAACGAGGUCAUUGGAGAAGAAACCUUUGCAAAGAUCUGCACAGCAUAGACAUCCGCUGGAGACUACACAAAGGCAGCACUCCAGGAUUUCUGCCAGGACCAAGGAGCCUGGGGUCCCCCCCCUCUCCCUGUCGGGACCUCUGCCCCCAAAGUACAGCUGCAAGACUAACUGCUGGUCUGCGAUGCUGCCUGGCUCCCAGAGGGCAACCUUUGCAGAUGGAAGACCCUCUCAGACAGCCAGGGGCAGAGAUGCAGCUCCACGCUCUUCCAGGACGUCUCUUCGGAAGAAGAGGGUGAUUCUCCAGCAGCCGAAAUGUGGCGUUCAGGGAAUGGCAGGCCAGAGCCAUCGCCAUCCCUCUGGGCAGACGCAACCUCAGGCAUCAGGCGUCUCCUGUGCUGGCUGUGAAUGGAGAUGGUCUCCUGAGACAUUCCAGUAUCCCUGCAUGUGCCAUUUGUCAGUGUCUGGGAAACGUUCAUUCUCCUUGCUGCAAUCAGAUGCAGAGCACAGGUGGCAGCAGCAGCAGCAGCAGCAGCAGGAAGAUGAAGCCCCAAGAGAAGGAGAAGCAAACUCCUCUCUGCCAUCAGAGGAUCAUGAGCCCCAGAAUGUUCCAGGUUUGUCCUCAGGAGAAAGCAUGACGGACAUUUCCCUCUCAGAGCUGGAAGCUUCCCCAGCAUAUAGCCAGUCUUUAGAGGCAGGAGGAUCUCACCAGCAUAGUACUCCCAUCUCCCAGCAUGCCCUGCGUUCCUGCAUACAGGCUUAUCCUGAAGGAACUGUGGCCACACAUGGCAGGCAGGCAGGCAGAGAACACCGGGGGGAAAUGAGCAGAAAGCUGCAAAGAAGAGGGAGCAAAAUUGACUGCAGCCAGGAAUUGCUCUGCCAGAUUCUGGGCUACAGAGUCACGGCCUCCAUGGAGGCCGCUGGAGAAUUCCAAGACCUUCCAGAACGAGAUUUGCAGCCACAGACAGACGAUGACGUGGCAGACUCUACGGAAGAGGAGGGCACUUCCUCAGCCUCUGAGAAGCAGCGCCAUUUUUCUAGGGGAACCAUGUCCCAGUUCAGCACUGAAUCUGAGUGGGAGAGGGUGGGAGACUGGAACAGUGGGGGGGAAGCAGAUGUGGGAAGUGAGUGGCUGGACGAGGGGGAAGGAGGUGCCGCCGAAGCUGCAGAAGAGAUGCCCAGAAAGGAGGCAGGCCUGAGGGCCCAAAGGAGCCCCAGAUGGGCAGAGUCCCUAGGAGCUAACAAGCCCCAGGCAUAUCCAGAGAAGGCUUCUCCUGCACAAGUAGCCCCAAUGAGGGAAGCAAGAGCCAUUCACCAAGAGCAGAAGUUUCGCAUUAUGGGACAAGAAGCAGCUUCAGGUCACUUUGAGCACCUCCGUGCACCUCGGUCAACAACAGGCCAGAUGGACCGGGACACAGAUGCCUUCGUGCCCCCUGGGCAACGGUCUCCCUCCCCACAGAGCCUGGUUUUCCAGGAGGAAAGCCAUGCUUCAGUAGAGGUCAAGCAGUCAGAGGUCUUGCUGUGCGGCAGGAGCAAGGGAGAAAGGGCUGUUGUUGGCCAGGCAUCCACAACAGGGCCUGAAGUUGGGAGCCACCAAAGAGCGAGGGAGGAGGAAGAAAUGAGGCUAAUCUGGGGAAGAGAAGCAUUCCCAAGAGAAGCUGCUGUUGGCAAAGAGACAUUCCUUGAAGACAAAAUGCUCAAAGCUUUGCAAGCGCUGAGCAAGGGAAGGCCUGAGGGAGGAGGUCACCACCCGGAACUCAUUGAUGGUGUGGAUGAGAAAAUCUCCAUCCUCGCCAGGAUCCUGGAGAGAAAACUGUGCCUGCGACAGGGCCUCUCCAUCUGGAUGCAGAGCAGUAGUGAAAAGCUAGGAGGCUCUUGGGAAGAGCAGGAAGCCUCGUGACUCCCCAGUGAUGAUCGUGGAAAUGAUCAUGGAGCUUCUAGAUCUCCUAGGAUGUGCUCACAGUUUUAUGUAGUCCGUGCUAGAAUAAAACUUUUGUGCCCGAGUAAU